UCUGAACUUUGUGUGCGAAGGGAAAACACCCGCGGAAUGUAAUACAAUGAAGGUGGCGAUAAACAAGAUAACAGUUUGCGACAGAUGAAUACAUCUAAUUACUAUCAAUAAUGGAAACUGAAGAAGACUUAACGUCACUUGAUGCUUAUACAGAAAGUCCAGAGAUUAUUUCGGUUCCGUCAUGUUCCUCAAGCUUGUCGACCUCAACGAUCUCGUCACAAGACAAGCCAGAGAUGUUAAUGUCACUUCUACUGCAAAUACAACAGUUUCAUACUGCAGAGACGCAAAAGCUUCAUGAAAAAAACAACAAAUGGAAGACAAAAUGUAUAAAACUGGCUGAGGUUGCAAACACCAAUGCUAAUGCAGCAAAGAGGUACUAUAAGCACAACAAGCGCCUUGUGAUAAAAGUCAAUGAACUGGAACAUCAGCUGAAAGCUCUCCAGAGUCAAAGUCAUUUAGUGGGCUUCCGAUCUGAGAAUGCAAAGCAGGCACAUCCACCAAUUAAAGGUGCAGAAUUAUCAAAUAAACCUAGCAAUCAGGAGACAGUUCUUCGAAACCAUGACCUCCAACAUGAAGCCCAGUCUAUAGUUUCCUCAAAGCCACUCAGCAAGCUCACCUCAAAGAAAUUGCGCAAGAAAGUCAGAUAUUCUGAAAUUUCAUCCGAUGCGAUGCGUACAAAACAAUCAAGUGAAGCAACUGCUCACGCUGUUCCAGAAAUGGCUAAGAUUGGACCAUUUGAUCGUCAAAAGCUCAAUAAUAUUCAAGUAAUCGGAACACCCCAAGUUGCUCACAUUUUAGCACCAGACACAUGUCCAUCACCAACAAUACCUUCACCUUCACGCCAGAUGAAUCCAAGUUCGGGGGCCACUCCAUCUGUUCAUGAUAAAACCAACCCUUCAACUGUUAGACCUGUGCCAUGGAUUGAAGAAACUGGUCAUGCAUUUACCAUACCCGAGACCUUAGGAAUGGCUGUCGGUGACGUAACUACCUCAGUUAUAGACUUGACUGAGGAAAACCUGUGUGCACCAGCCUAUGAAAGCACUCCUGUUUGGGAAAAGCGAAAUAUUUCUUCCGUUUUAGAAUCUUCAAAGAACCGAGGAGAAGAUCGGUUCAUUCAGGAUCUAUCCAUGAAGAAGCUGUUUCCAGAGACUCCUGAUGGAAAGAAGCUCCUUGUAACCACAAUACCAAGAUCAGAGUCUCAGUUCCCUGUCGAUUUGUACAACACCCAGGUUAAAUCACCAACCUUCUGUGGUGGAGAGAGUUUGUUGACCACCCCCGAAAUCGCAGAUAGUAGCACCGGGCACAGGAACAAGGUUACUGUUUGUAAGAACGAACCAGUACCAUUUAGGGGUGAUAAUUAUGAUUUGUGUAACCAGGAUGAAACUUGUGAAUCAGAAGACUCAAUUCUGCUCCUAGGUCAAAGAGCAAUGGUUUCAGCAACAAAAACAGGUGAUUCGCAGGUGGUAAGUAGAUCUAAAUCAGACCAAGACGAUCAAAGAGAAGAGAUUGUAACGUCUCAAAAUUCGAAAAAGAAAAGUGCUGAGGUUCGAAAUGAAACUACAUCAGCUAAAGAUUUCUUAACAUCAACUUUCAAAAAAAAGAAAAGAUACCAUCCUGAAGACUCAUCAGACUCAUUUGGUGAGGAAACUGUUCUCCCGGACGCAUCAGAGCUUGGUAAGGAAAACAGUCCUGAAGGCCUUGAUGACUUGAGUAGUCGUACAUCUCCAAAUCUAUUCAGUGGUGAAAAGCAAGGAGAGAAGGACUUGAACUGUCUGGAAAAGAGCGCAGUGACGAAGGAAAAAGUGAUUGGACAGAAAUCUCUGAGACAGAGUAAGCUUAGUAAAAGUAUGUUCAAAGCUAGUGUGAACAGACCUUUAAGUCUCUUGCAAAAAUACAAUGGUGGCGACGCUGCAGGCACCAACAUAGAGUCUCAGUUGGACACGUACUUAAAUCAGGCCAUCAAACUUUCAUUAGUUGAGCAGAAGAAGUCUGCGCACAGUGAUACGGAAAGAACUAACAAAUCGGGUUUUAAGAGGAGGAGGGUAGAAGGUGCAGUAUCACCGUCCAAGGACGCAUCUGUAGGAUUCAAGAUUCCGAGCAUACCACAUCAAAAGAAACAGAGGCAAUUGGUUAGUCCUAUGCCAAACAGAGAGCAUUUGCCUCACAGCUUAGAAUUUACAAGCACACCGCAGGAUUUGAACGGAUCAAUCGAUCCUCUCAUGGACCUGACCAGGUUGGAAAGCGACGGGGCAUUAUCACCCGGCGAGAUGGAUCUCAGCAGGGAGGAGGGAUACCCCAGGAGUGGUAGGGGCGACUAUCCGGGUCAAGAGGCUGAGUUUGAAGGUGAUGAAGGGAACGAUAGCUGUGUGGAUCUGUUUCAGGAAGAUGGAGAAGAUUAUGAGGAUGAGGAAGUGAUAGAUGAGGAGGCAGUAGAAGGGGUGGAAAUGGAGGAGGAGGAAGGGGAGGAGGAGGAGGAGGAGGAGGCAGGGGAUGAGGGCGUUGAUGAGGACAGUGGUGAGGAAAUGGACAGAUCUGUGGACAGACUCGACGUAACGGGAUACAUCAACAAUUUUGACAAAGUACCUGAGAAGAAUGAGCAGCCGAACUUCAAGUACACCGAGGUAGUGCGUAAACGAGAUGAGCGACAGAAACUCAAGGGAUUCGGCUGCAAGGAAUGUGAUAGAUUUUACGGGAAUUUGAAGCUGACCGAUGCUGAGAGGGAGGUGAGAAUGAAGGAAUGUUCCAGACACAGAGCUCAGUUCAGUCCACCAAACACUCCGGACCACUACUGGUCCAUUGGAUUCCCAGACACUCAGACAUGUAUACAGAGAGGUUACAUUAAUGAGGGUGGAAAUAGUCCAGAUAGGCGGGUACGAAAGAAGAACAAGUACAAGGUGAAGAGAAUCCUUGGGAAAGAGGUUGAAGAGGAUGACAAUGAGAUGGAUGGAUAGCCCGAUCAACUGAUACUUCACACAGAGGCAACAGUAUUGUGCUUGGAAGGUUUCUGUGCUUACAGGCUCUGUGAAAUUUGGCACUGAUAGUAAGACCUGGCGAUUGGACCUGUCGUCGAUUUCACCAAACUCUUUCUAAACUAAGGAUUAAUCUUAGGACUGUGUCAGUUCCGUAUCCAAAGACGUCUGAACCCAUCCUAAGUUUAAAGUUAGGACAGGUUACUUGCCUCCUAGCGUUUCUUGAAAUCGGCUUCUGGCCAUACAAGUGCAUCAUGCUCACAUAAUCAAUGGCAUGCUAUUGCUUUGCAUGCACAAAUUCAUUUUUAGGUAAUAUGCAAGCAAUGUUUAUCCGCCAGAUGAAGCGGUUAGUUCUAACACAAACGCAUGUCUUUAACUUUACGUAUGAAGACUAAUGAAUAGGGGACUUUACAAGACACUAGGUAGCAUGUAAGCUUCCGUUGUUUAACUAGCCCUGACUGAGCAUGUGCACAUUAUUAUGUUUAUGUCUUGGAAAAAAUAAUAUACUCAUUAUUUUGUUAACUUUUUGGGGGGAAAAAUAAAAGUUAUUAUUGGAAAAUAUUAAUGUAUUUAAGAUGGUACACGUAUUCCUUUUGAAAAUUAUUUAUUCUUAUAAUGAAAUUUAAAAAAAUUUGCAAAUUUAAAGUGAACCUGGUGUUUUUCUAGAAGAGUGAAAAGUAUUUAAGAGAACAAGGUCAAUAAUUAAAAGGAAAAUUAAUAAAUUAUAAAUUAAUUGGUCACAAGAUGAAAGUUGGCGUAAUAAUUUGACUGGGCAAUUACAUUAUUUUAUGUUACAUUUAAAAAACUGCAAUACAAUUUUUUUUUACAUGUUAAUAAUUUUAUCUUAGAGGGGUAACACAAUUUUCAUUUUGCAAAUGGCGCAACUACUGGAAACGGUAUUAUGGAAAACUUUUGAAGGGGCACCAGGGCCAAGUUUAAAACUCUGUCAAGAGCACAACAACAAAAGCACAGGGCAUCGUGGCAAUUACUGUGGGUGCCCUGGGGUAUUUCGGGGCCUGGUAUUAAAGAUGCUAACUAUGUCAGAUUUUUUGGCCGAUUUGACCCAGACAUUUUUAUUUAAAAUUCAUAAGAAACGUUUUAAAUUUUUGUCAUGGUUCCUGACCAUUAAAAGUAAAAGUUAAACUUUUAACUUUAUGCUGUUAUAUGAACCUGGUUUAGACUCAAGUGGAAACCAGACCAACAAAGUAUAACAUUUCAGACACAAGCAACUUGAACGUAUUGCAAAAUAGAGGAAACUGUCGGGAUUGCAAUGCCAAUCUUUGUAGUGUUUUUCAUUUUUCUACGGCCAGUUGGCCUUGAAUGAAAUUGAAGGAAAACGGAGGAACUCUCAGCUGUAAAGUUUUGAUUUUUUUUUUGUGGUUGUAAAUAAUUAUGCUUAAUACUUGCGAAUAUAAAAAGCAAUCAAAUAACAGGACCAUACAGACGUGCUUACUUUUGUACUUAGUUCCCUAUAAUAAUAUGCUUUCUAGAAUUGAAUUUAAAAGUUACUUUUGCUCUUUUUUGUUAUUUUGCUUCCCUUUACUGGAUAUGAUGUACAUGAAUUGUUUUGUUUAAAUUGUUUAACAUUGUCUCUGCUUCUCGAACAUCUCUUUAGAUUGAUUUGCGCAUUACAAAUGCCCAUUAUUUUGAUUUAUAACCGUGUGUGAAAUUAAACUAAUUUGUAUACAGAUCUAACUUCACUUUGUCAUUAAGAAAGUGGUUUAAACCUC